AGCUGAUUAUGACAAGUUCAGUAACUUAUUCACAAUUAGUGAAUGACCUAGAUGCGAUUCAAGGAACUAACCUCUGGUGUCAAUCUUAAUCCUGUGCCCAAUAGAUGGCCCCUUUCCCUGUUCCAAGUACAGAUGUGCAUCUAAACAGUAUUUGAAUGAUGAGGCAUGUCGUGGGAUCCACUUCCCAAGAGAGUGACUCAUCGAAAAAGAGAAAAUCAUCCGAUGGAAAAGGCGGCUCAUCCCCCGAGGGCAACGCCAAACAAGCCCGAUGGGACACCGAAGGCUUGGCUACCUUGAGGCCCUGUGAAGAGCCCUCAUCGUCCAAUCAUGUUGUGAGAGAACCUCAAAGAGAUCCCGAGUUGUCAGUCGAAGACUUGAAGCAGAAUUUACGCCAUAAAGAUGAUGAACUCAAGAAAGCCAUUUCGACUCAAGACAAACUGCUAAGAGAACUUUCCAGCUCGGUGGAAUGCCCCGUGUGUUACAAUGUUCCCCGUGUAGCUCCGGUUCCUUGUUGCUCGAACGGCCAUGUGAUCUGUCAACGAUGCAAAGCCAAACUCGAAAAUUGUCCCACUUGUCGGGUGCGGCUCACAGAUUGUGUGUCUCAAAUUGCCGCUACAAUUAUUCAUCGAGUGUCUCAUACAUGCGAGUUUCGAUACGAAGGGUGCACGUUCAAAAGUGACAUCGACAAGAUUACGGAUCACGAAUCGAGUUGUAUCUUUCGACAUGUACGCUGUCCUCAUUGGGCGUGUGAUGAGACGAUCACGGCCAAGAAUCUCACUCACCACGUAAUUGCCUCCGAAUGUGGAGACAACUAUCGAGACAAGCCUCUGCCUUACCGAGAAGAGAUGGAAUACGCCCGGGCUUUAGAUGAUGAGGAAGGGAAUGGCUUUUGGCGACCUUCGCUCAUACAAUUCGAUGGCAUCACGUUCUAUCUCCAAGUGGAGAAAUCGGGCAAGACCAAGAACUGGUAUUUUUACGUCCAAAUGGAAGGAAGUGCAUUAGAUUGCAAGAUGUACGGCGUUACCAUCAAAGUUAGGAAGAGUCUCGUGUCAGAAGGUCACUCAGUAGUCUACAAUGGCGACGUGUGCCCAAUUGAUAUCAAGGGCGUGGGUGAGGUCGAAAACAGCGGAGGAGGAUUGAACAUACGGAACUCCAUUAUGGAAAACAUUUUCGAUGUGGACGCCCUAGAUCGAUCAGAUUUAGAGCAACAGGAGGAAAGUGGGGGCGAUGUCGAAGGUGAACGCUUCCGAUUUUGGGUCGAGGUUGAUAUAUUCAAAAGUCCUAAAAUAACUGCCGUCAAGACAGAGAAAGUGGUUAAGAAUGAAAAAUAAUGACCUUCAUGUAUUCCUUGCGUUAUUGAUUUCUUUUAAGAAAAUUAUACGAGUUAAAAACGA